AUGGAUGGGGUUGAUAUCACCAAGGCCGUUCUCAAUAAAGGGAAGCAAAUGGCGAGUAGUGUCGCUGCCUCCGCUACCAAUGGCAAUGGCGGUAAGAAGAGAAGAAAAGGGACCGACUUAAAGCCGAUCGUCACCAACGAAGCCGCCACGCUUGGAGUCGACCCAGCGACCACCACCACCACAUCCUCCACCACUACUGAGGGGGUUCCCGCAUACGGCGUCCCACCAUCGCGCUCGUCCUCUUCAUCCUCUGGCGAAGAACUCGAGACCACCGCAGAGGAAGAGGAUUCGGAAGACUACUGCAAGGGUGGUUACCACCCGGUCUCCGUCGGUGAAACCUACAACAAUGGUCGAUAUGUGGUCGUGCGCAAGCUAGGGUGGGGUCACUUUUCGACUGUCUGGUUGUCCCGCGAUACCACAACUGGGAAGCAUGUCGCCCUCAAGGUCGUCCGUUCCGCUGCCCACUACACCGAAACCGCCAUCGAUGAAAUCAAGCUGUUGAACCGCAUCGUCCAAGCCAAACCCGCUCACCCCGGUCGCAAACAUGUCGUCAGUCUGCUGGACUCGUUUGAGCACAAGGGCCCCAACGGAGUCCAUGUGUGUAUGGUGUUUGAAGUGCUGGGAGAAAAUUUGCUCGGGUUGAUCAAGCGAUGGAACCACCGCGGUAUUCCCAUGGCCUUGGUGAAACAGAUCACAAAACAAGUGCUGCUUGGAUUGGACUACCUUCAUCGGGAAUGUGGUAUCAUCCACACGGAUCUGAAGCCGGAGAACGUGCUGAUCGAGAUCGGCGACGUGGAGCAGAUCGUGAAGACAUACGUCAAAGAAGAGGCGAAGAAGGAGCAGAAGGAAGACAAUCGCAAUGGUCGGCGACGGCGCCGGACCCUGAUCACUGGGAGUCAACCGCUGCCGAGUCCGCUCAAUACCAGCUUCGACUUUAAGCACAGUUCGCAAAACUCCCACAGCAGUCUUAGUCAGAUGGUCAGCGAGUCGUCUGGUAUGUACCGUCGCCUCAUCAUUGCUACGAACUUGCUGACUGGUCUAGUGACUCCCAAUGCAGAAAGUACAUCGAUGAAGGAGAUGCUCGGAAUCAAGGACGAUGAUGAGAAGCAGAAGCAACGGGAAAAGACUGCGUAUGUUAUCCUCUCUUGCCUGAGGGAUAUGGCUAAUGAUUACAGUGAUUUGCUGGAACGGGAGGUAUCGGGCAUUUCGCUCGACAAGUCUCAGUCGAGCGAAGAGCAAGAGCCGGAAUGUGAUAUAAUCUCCGUGAAAAUUGCCGAUUUGGGCAAUGCCUGCUGGGUCGGCCAUCAUUUCACCAACGACAUCCAAACGCGACAGUACCGUUCGCCUGAAGUGAUCCUGGGCUCGAAAUGGGGCGCGAGCACAGAUAUUUGGAGUAUGGCUUGCAUGGUAUUCGAACUCAUCACUGGCGACUAUCUUUUCGAUCCGCAAUCAGGUACCAAGUAUGGUAAAGACGACGAUCACAUCGCGCAGAUCAUUGAGCUUCUGGGACCGUUCCCGAAGUCUCUCUGUCUCUCGGGCAAGUGGUCGCAGGAGAUUUUCAACCGCAAAGGCGAACUGCGCAACAUCCACCGGUUACGCCACUGGGCCCUGCCGGAUGUGCUGCGGGAGAAGUAUCAUUUCUCGGUCGAGGAAAGCAUGCGCAUCAGCGAGUUCCUGCUGCCCAUGCUCGAAGUGUCCCCGGAGCGGCGCGCCAAUGCCGGCGGCAUGGCAUCCCAUGAAUGGAUGCGGGAUACACCCGGUAUGGACGGGAUUGAUCUGGGCAUAACGCCCGGCAGCCGCGGCGAGGGCAUUGACGGAUGGGCGAUGGAAGUGAAACGGAGAUAA